AUGCUCCACUUUUUAUAUCUAAUACUGAGGUAUCUUUUUUAAGGAAAGAUAUUUGAUGUGAGAUCAGAUAUUGGAAUAAUUAUUUCAACUUUCAUUAUCUUUGCAGUUAUUUUAUUUUAAGACUUUAAUGAAGAAAGAGAUAGAGAAGUUUAAUAUCAGCAGAAUGGUAUUAGUCCUCUAUAGCAAAAUAAAUAAAAGCAAGAAUUUGAUAUUUUAAGUAGGUAAAAAAUACGUGAUUAGUUUAAUUACAUAAAAAAAGAAUCAAAAAUUGAUCAAGAGAGCAAAUGUUUGAAUUAACAAUAAUAACGCGAAAACAAUUAAUUUAAUUACAAAUAGAUAGAAGAUCAAAAUAAAAAAUAAAAUUCUAGCUCAUUUGACUUCUAAGAACUGUAAAAGACUGGCAUACUGAUAAUUAACGAUAAAAAAGAAGUGGUAAAGAUAAAUAGCUAGUUUGUUUAAUUUUUCGAAGAAAAAACAAAUUAAUAAAUUAAACUAGAAUCAACGCAAGUAGACAAAAGGUCUCUGAGAGAGGAAUUGCUGCUUAUAAAUUUAAAAUUUAAUAACUCAAAAUUAUUUUAAUCACAUAAUAAUUAAUAUCAUGAACAGCUCAAUAGUUUACAAAACAAUGCCAUUUUCAGUGAAACAAACGUUGAUAAAGAUUUUUUUAGCUUAAUACCUGAUUAGAAUAAGUAAAACUCAGCUGACUUAAAACAAAAUCAAAAUGCAAAUGACUCGAUUAUUAAAUUUAAAGAAGAAGAAUGCUAAUAAUGCAUAGACAAAAAUGUUUUAAUGCCCAUUAAUGUGUCUGCUCAUGAGCUUGAAGAUACUUUUAUCAAGUAGAAUGGAGCUCAAAACAUUUCUAACACUCUCUAAUUUAUACAUUUAAACAACUCUUUAACUUCUAACUCACCUCUAUAUGAUCUAGAAAAUCAGUAAAACUUGAAUGCAACACAAAGAACUCCCAUUAAUUACCAAAUAAAUAUAAACAAUUAUAGGAUAAACAACUUUUAAAAGCAAAAUAAUUUUUAGCAGACAAGUGUAAGCAGCUAAUAAUUCACUGAGGGAUUAAGUAAAUUAAAACAGUGUCAUAUCCCUGAAAAUAUAGAUUAAUUAUUUGAAGAUUAUAAAGGUGAUAUUUGUUUGAGCUAAGUGAUAGAUUUUUUGAUUAAAUAAUAGCCUCAAGAAAUCAUUGACUCAAAAACUAACCAAACAAAUACUUGCAAGCAUUGCCAAAAAUUAAUUAACUAGCAGAAUUCAUAAGCAAAAAAUAAAAAGUAUCCUUAAUCACAAUUUUAUAAAAUCCAAAUUGAUUCUAAUUAUUUAAUCAUAUCGCAGAUUUACAAAGAUAAGUCAAAUAAAAAGAAGAUAAUUGACUAUAAGAUAGGCUGCUUUUUAAAUACCUAAGAUGCUUCUUAUGAUCUUUGUUAAAAGUGCAAAACUUCUAAUCCAGAUUUUAGCACUUCAGUUCACAUAGCCAACAGAAAAAUGAGCUUAAUUUACGGAGACAACAAGACUCUCAAUUAAAUAAAAGAAGAAAGUCAGACAAGCAGCAAAAGAAUUGAAUCUUUGAAAUAAAUUGUAAAUAUAAGCAAUAGUAAAAUUGAUAGCUCAUAAAAGCAUUAUAAUUACAAAACCAAACCUUAUCAUGUUGCUAAAAUAUGUUCUUUAAUGAGUGAAUCUGAUAAUGAUCAUCUAUAAAGAAUAAAUUUAAACUGCUAAACAAAUGAAACUAGCUAAAUCAAGUAGAAAGACUAAUAUAAUAGCAACGAAGAAGUGCAGACUAACAUAGAACAAACUCAAUAUUUAUUUUCUAUAGAAGUAACCCAAACAGAUUUUGAAAUUGUUUCUGAAAACUUAAAGAACAAAAUGGAUAAAUACAGACAAAAACUACUUUGUUCGAUAUCUCAUGAACUCAGAACUCCUUUGAAUUGUAUUAUUUCUAUGUUGGACAUGCUGAACAUGAAGAAUGAUAUUUCAGAUGCAAACAAAAACUACUUUGUGAAUCCUGCUCUAUUUUCAAGUUACAUUCUGUUAAAUACAAUAAAUGAUAUUUUAGACAUGGCAGAAGUAAAUAGAUCUGGAAAAAUUAAAAUGCUAUUCUAAGAAUUCUCUCCUAUAAAUCUAUGUCAUGAAUGCUUAAAUUUUAUUAAGCUCUAAGCUUAGUAGAAAAAUCUUUAACUUAUUUUUGAAUAUGAUGAGUUUGUCCCUAAAUUAAUUUACACAGAUUUGAAUAAAACAAGAUAAGUUCUCUUAAAUUUACUUAGUAAUGCACUAAAAUUUACUUAAAAAGGUAAUAUAACAAUUAAACUUUCAUACUCUUAAGAAAACAUAUUACAAAUUGAUGUCAGUGAUACAGGAUGUGGAAUAGCACCAGAAAAAUUAAAAAAAAUAUUUUUUAAUUUUACUCAACCUGAGUUUGACAUUUACUCUAAUCAAUCUCAUCAUAAUAGUAACCAAAAAGAAUAUCUAAACUCACAAUUAAGCCUUCAGUUUAACAACAACAACAAUAAUAAUAAUUCCAAAAAUGCGGGUCUAGGUUUGAAUAUCUCAUACAUUCUUGCCAAAUGUUUGGGUGAUAACAGAACUUUAAAUGUGUAAAGUGAACUAGGUAAAGGAAGUACAUUCACAUUUUAUAUAGUUAGUCAAUGUCAGAACAGAAAAGGGUGCACUUAUUUGCCUGUUCCUUAAUUAGAAUGUUUCAAUUCUCAAAGAUCAAAGUAUCAACAAGAUAGUGAAUAUUCUGAAAACAACCAAAUUUAAAAGUCUUUUUUUGCCAGAAAUUAAUAUUAAAUGAACCAAGAUGAAAUCGAAAUCUAAAAUAGCUAAGAACUCACAACAAAAAGCAUUUCUUAAAACAAUAUAAGGGGAUUAGAAAAUAAUUUAUACAUUGAAACCUUUAAAAAUUCAAACAGGUCUUAAGAAAGAAGUAAAAAUCAUCACCUGUAAAGUAAAAAUGGACUUUGUUUAAGUUUUAACAAUUUGAGAGUGAGUCCAGAUUAAGAUAAAAAUAAUUUAGACAGUUUUCAUAGCGAUAGAAAUUUUGAUCAUAUGAAGGAAUUGUUUCCUGAAAGUGAGUCUGAUAAUUUAAAUUCAAAGUCUAAAACUAAAAGCUUGCAAACUUCUUUAGUCUAGAUAAAUUUCAAUAAGACUGCUUUCUAAAUUAUUUAACAUGCUUCUAAUAUUUGCAAUUAAAUUUAUUCUUAUAGAGAUAUUUAGGAGGACUAGCAUAAUUUAAAUUUGCAAGUAAGAGGAUCUUAAGGUAAUAUUCACUCUCCUUAGACAACUAGCAAAGAAUUUUUCUAGGCUUCGAAGUAACAAUCUAAUUCAAAAAGAAAUAGUAUCUGUGAAGAUGAAUUCCAUAUCAAAAUCCUAUCUUCAAAUAAUAAUUUACUAAAAAAUAAAUGUAGCGAAAUAAAUAUUGCAUCAUAAAAAGACAUGAAAGACUCUGACCGUUCUAUCAACAAAAAACUUAACCUGAGUAAUCAACACUGCAGUAUUUCUCUCAGUAGCUUAACGUAAAAUAAGAACUGUUAGCUUUCAAAUAAGCUACCCUUAAAUUAAAUUCAUUAAGAAAAACAUAAUUUAGAAAAUUUUGAAGAAACUUAAUAUUCAAAUAAAAAAGUAAAUUCAGAACUGUGCAAUUAAGUUUUAAAAAAUAAUUAUUUGAAUUAUUUUAACUCUCCUAAACAAGAAGAAUCAUGUGAUGUUAUGAGUGAAUGCACAGAAAAAAAAUUCCCAAAUCAAUCUGAAAAACUUAAAGUUUGUGAAAAGCCAUAAAAAUUAUAAAGAAAAAAAAUGAUCUUAAAGAUAGAUUAAAAUCACUAAACCUCAAAAUCAAGUGAUAAUUUAUGCAAUAUUUAAGUUAAUAAAAACUAUUAAUUUUAAGGAGGAUGUUUAAAAAAAGAUUAACAUGUAAAUUAGAAUUCUAAUUAACCAUAAAAUAGUUCUAGUUCUCUAAAUAGUUUCAUCAUGGUUGAAAGUCGUCAAAAUAUAUAAGAAAAUUCUCAUGAAGGUAUAAAGCAUGUUCACAUAAAUAACUAAAUAAAUAACUUUUAGUUACUAAUAGCCAGUUAGAAUAAAUAAAGAAAAUGUUAAUGUCCAUAGAUAUUGAUAGUUGAUGAUAAUGAAUUCAAUAUUUAUGCAUUAUAAAUUAGACUAAAAAUGUACUCUUUUAUUAUAGAUGCAGCCACUAGUGGAUUCGAAGCACUUGAUCUUAUUAAAAAAAAGAAAGAGCACUCUUGCUGUAAUAAGUAUUCCCUUGUUUUCAUGGACAUAGAUAUGCCAGUAAUGAAUGGCUAUCAAACUACAGAAAAGAUUUUAUAAUUUUAUAAAAAGCUUAAAGCAGAGCCACCUGUGAUAUCAGCAUGUAGUGCAUAUAUUUAGGAAAGUGAUAAGCAAAAGGCUUAUCAAGUUGGAAUGAAAUACUACAUCACCAAACCCAUCAAUACUUAAUCAUUUGAAAACGUUUUAGCUUAAGUAUUUUAAUUAGAAUCUUGA